AUGGCACAAGAAACAGUUGAUUUGUGUUGCAACAUAAACUUUGAAAUUGAUAUACAUCCCCUUGUGAUAGUCUAAAUAUUAGACUUGCAUUACAGAAAAUUUGGUGCUUCAAGAUAAGAAGAGACAAUAGUUGGUGGUGCAUUAUUAGGAACAGUCUAUACUAAUAAAGUUCAUAUAACUGAAUGUUUUGCACUAUUAGUUGACCCAGGUGAUGAAACUAAUGAGUAUACAUUUGAUUUUGGUGAUGCAAAAGACUUAUACUUAAGCCAUUUAUAAGCAAAUCCAUAAGAAGUCUUAUUAGGAGGAUUUGUUACAACUAAAAAUUUAUCAUUAGACAUAGGCGUUGCUUAUCUUUCAACUGAAUUCAGUAAAAAAGAGAAUGGAUUCAAUGCUACUGCAGUAUUAGGUUAACCUAUAAUUCUUAAAGUUAAUCCAACAUUAAGUACUAACAAGAUAGAAAUGAAAGCUUUUAAACUGAAUCAAUCUUUAAAGCACUAUGCAGCAGUGGCAUCCUUUAAUACUAUGCCAAUAAAGAUUUCAUUCUCAGAUGAAAAUUUAUUAUAAGCAUGGCCAUUCUUAGCCUCUAAUUUAUAGUAGAAAGAUUUCAAAAUCGUAAAUACAUCAAACCCACAAUUAUUAGUCUAAGAAAAUAUCAAAAAUAUUGAAAAAAUACUUUCUUAUUUGGAAAAAAUUAUUGCUGGAAAUGAGCCUGGCGAUUAAGAAUUCGGUAGAAAACUUUUGUCUACAUUGAAUCAAAUAGAUUUGAUAAGAAAUGAGUCAGAAAUUGUUUUUAGUCAAGUUGAAGAAGCUUAAUUAUUUCAAUACAUUGGCAAUUUUGCUUCUGGUUAAGCAUUUAUCAACGAAAAGUUGUAAAAGUUGUGAUAUGAUAUUGUUAUUAAAAUAUACCAAAUAAAUAAAUCAAAUAAACUAA